UGUUAACCUCAAAGCUUUCGUAAUCAAAUAGUAAACAAUAAUAUUGAUUUACUGUUUGUAUUACCUCUUGAUUUGAAAAUGGAUUAUAUUGAAGUAUGCAGAACCUGUCUUAAGAAUGGAUGUACCACAACCAAUAUAUUCGACUUCGAUUUAUCUGCUAAGCUUAUGGAAAUUUCAACAAUUUCAAUUUAUCCAAACGAUGGUCUACCUGAUAAAAUAUGUGAUAAAUGUGUUAGCAGCAUCACUAGUAGUUAUAAAUUCAAAACUAUCUGUGAACAAAGUGAUAACAUUCUGAGAGCAAACCAAAAUCAAUCGACUGAAUAUGCAAAUGUUUUUAAAUCAACAGAGCUCACUUAUGAUAACAAAAAUUUAACAGAGGAACAAGAUUACGGGGAAUUAUCUGAUUGUAAAAAUGAGUUUGACAGUGAUAUAUCAGAAUCAAAAGAUGUAGAUACUGGAAAAUUAGAAAAUUCCACAAAAUUGAGUUGUACAUCCAUUGAAUCUUUAGAACUCCAGUGUGAAUUAUGUGAUGAAAAGAUUCAAAAUUCAAAAAAACAUCACAGUGAAUUCCAUCCAAGUCCAAAUCUACAUAUAUGCACAUUAUGUGAGAAGGAAUUCCAAGAUGUAAAUACAUUGAAAAGACACAAGAAAACUCAUAAACUCAAAAAGAACCAUUGCUGUGAAUAUUGUGGAAAACGUUUUUAUGCUGCAAAUGACUUAAAAAUUCACAUCAGAACACAUACAGGGGAGAAACCUCAUGUUUGUAAGGAAUGUUCAAAGUCUUUUGCUGAUCCAAGAGCCCUAUCCUGCCAUAUGAGAACCCAUACAGGUCAUAAACCAUACAAGUGCGAUGUAUGUGGUAAAAGUUUUGCAUACCCUUUUGUUCUCAGUUCACAUAUGAGAACGCACAACCAGGAAAGACCAUAUAUUUGUACAGUUUGUGGCAGUACAUUUGUUUACGCACACAAUUUGUUAAUCCAUUCCCGAACCCAUACAGGAGACAGGCCUUAUAAGUGCAAUGUUUGCGACAAAACUUUUACGUCGAGUUCAAAUCUUAAAGCGCACAAUUUGACACAUUCUGGAGAAAAACGGUACAUUUGCUCCAUCUGUGGCAAAAAAGUUGCAAGAUCUGGGGAUUUGAGAAUUCACAUGAGAAUGCACACCGGAGAGAGGCCCUACAAAUGUUCGGUUUGUGAGAAAAGCUACAAAAUGUCCUCUCAUUUGAGCACUCACAUGAAGAGCCAUACUGGUGAAAAAAAUUUUCAGUGUGAAAUCUGCAACAAAUCCUUUAUUGACAAGCAUCGAUUAGAAAAUCAUAUGAGUACCCACACAGGUCGGAAGCUCUACAAUUGUACGAUGUGUGAAAAAUCUUUUUCACAUUCAAGUUCAUUGUCAGCACAUAAAAAAUCCCAUGCGAAAGAACCAUGAGGAUCGCAGUAUACAUUAGGACUUGUCUUGUAUAUGUAUCAUGACUUAAAAGACCUAAAAAAGUUAUGUGAUAUUAUUUUGUAAUACAUACCUUAUGCCAUUUUCUUUUUCAGUAAAAUGUUUCCAAAAAAUUUUAAUUAUAUUAGUAGUAUCACAUAAUUUUGUGUUUUCGUAACAUAACACAAAAGUUGUAAGAUUCAAAUCUGUUUUUCUGAUUUUGAUAGCAAAAUUUUUGAUCUUGAAUAAAAUUAAUACCAAAUAUUCAUGCUGUUUGAAAUGGGAAUUAUUCAAAAUUGAAACAGGUUAAA